AUGAUUUAUCGUGUUAAGUGCUUGGUGUUUUUGGCUAUAAUACUCUUAUACAAUGUCCCAACUGUCUUCCUAUCAUGCAGUCAUUACUACGCAAUCGAGACAAAUCUUCCUGAGGGUGAACUUAUAUCAUUCGUUGAUUAUUUCGGAGGUGCAGUAACCGGAAAGCUUCAUUUUGCAAAUGUGUACGAAGUUUCUUCACCACAAUGUCUUGAUGAUGUAUGGCCUCCGUAUAGAUUCCAUAGACGUUCAAAAAGAAGCAUAGAGGCAUUUGAAGACAAUAUACGAAGUCAUCCUCAGAUUCAAACUGUAAAGAAACAAGAAAUCCUUAAUGUUCAGAAGCGUUUCAUCAUGUCAGGUGAAGAAUUUAAUGAGAAAACUGCUGCCUUACUGAAGCCAGCUGAACUACCAAAGGAAAUGAAUAUUGAGAGUGAUGAAGAUUUCAACCGACAGUAUGUUGAAUACGCUGAUAAGAUAAGAAGUGCAGUAAAUUUGAACGAUCCUGCAGCCAAAUACACAUGGCAGUAUUUGAAUGAUGGUAAAAGUGUCAGUCCAUUAAUUGGAUUAGACAUCAACCUGUAUCCAAUUUUUAUGGAGAAUAUUACUGGUGUCGGUUCAAAUGUUGUGAUCCUAGACGAUGGAUUGGAUAUAACACAUCCAGAUUUAGCAGAAAAUUAUGAUCCGACAAUAUCAAUCAAUAUAGAUAGACCUGAGACGAAUGGUCUUAGUCCACGUGGACCACGGAAAAUUAUACCUGAAAAUGAUGGUCAUGGAACACGAUGUGCUGGUCUUGUUGCUGCAGUGGCAAACAACAGUUACUGUUCACAUGGUGUUGCACCAAAAACGAAAAUAGGAGGUAUACGUCUUCUGACUGGUGCAGUUACAGAUUUCCUAGAAGCUAAAGGAUUAUCAUAUCGAUCGGAUCUAAUCAAUGUGUACUGUUCAUCAUGGGGGCCAUCAGAUGAUGGUUCUACAAUGGAUCUACCACGUGAAUUUGCUAAAAAAGCGAUAGAUCAUGGUUUGCGAAACGGUAGAAAUGGGUUGGGUUCAAUUUAUGUCUUCGCUUCUGGAAACGGUGGUUUAUUUGGUGAUAACUGUGGAGCGGAUGGAUUUGUUAGUUCACCGGAUGUAAUCGCUGUUUCAGCUACUGAUAAAUUUGGUCGACACACUCUAUAUUCAGAAGCGUGUGCUUCAGUUCGCGUAUCAAUUCCUAUUGGGGGAUCAUUUGGCUUUGGCAAUACAGAGUUUCUACCGACUACAAUGGAAAACAGUAAAUGUAUGGCACAGUUUUUGGGAACAUCUGCAGCUGCACCAAUUUUCGCUGGAUGCGUAGCACUGGCACUUGAAGCGAAUCCCAAAUUAACAUGGCGUGAUAUAUCACAUCUUUUACCAUGGAGUAGUCGUAUUCCAAAUCCAACCAGUAGUGGUUGGACUGUCAACAGUGCUGGUAUACUGCAUAAUUCCUACUUUGGUUAUGGUACACUUGAUUGUUAUCGUAUGGUAAAAUUAGCACAGCAGUGGAAUUUAGUUGGCCCACUAUGCAUAUUAACUCAUGACAGUUAUUUAUAUAACGUGCCAGAGAAAUGGGGAAGUUCACAAGGCUUCAAGAAAUCAGAUGCUAAAGAUUUAUUCCAGUGUGAUGAAGGCUGUGCAGCAAAGAUUGUCGAAGAAUAUCAAACACACUAUGAAAAAAGUUGGGCAAUUAAAUCACAAGCAAAAACUGUAAUCGCAUUGAAUGUAAUCAAUAAUGAUGGUGUAACAAAGUACUCACAGCCACAGAAUAUUCCAGAAAACACUCCAUGUCAUGUAGACAUUGUUGAACAAGUUGUUAUUGAUGUAAAAUGGAAACAUUCAUGUCGUGGAAGUUUAGAAUUCAAUUUAACUAGUCCAUCUGGAACGACUUCAAUGCUGUUGGGAUAUAGAAAACUGGAUACUUAUUCUGGUGAAAGUUCAAUGAGUUUUGCUUCUGCAGCUCAUUGGGGUGAAAAAGUCACUGGUAUAUGGAAGCUAAUAAUUCACGAUGUUGGGAAAUGUUCAGGAAAAGAAUCACCUGCAAAAACUACAAACGGCUUUAUUACUGGUGUUUCAAUAAAAUUCCGUGGAACAUCUGAAAAUGACAGUGGGUUUAUUAAGAAUAAAAAUCUGCUGGAACCAUUACUUACAAAAGUUGGGAAAGCCGCCGUAGCAUCGCAAACUUCACACACCUUGAGUCCACAAGAAAUUAAGGAGACGUAUGAUGAACAAAGAUAUUCAUCGCUUCAUCAUUCUCAACAAAUAUUUCAUAUUUUUGCUAUUUUUGUGUCACAUUUAAAAUUAAUUCCAUUCGAUUAUGGUUACAAAUAG